AUGGGCUCCAUACCAGAACCACCCAAGGAGGUUGACAUCUCUGUUGCUUUGAGCGCGUGUGACCUACCCAGCGUCAAUCAACAUGUGAAGAAUAUUGCUGGUCUGACCGAAGUUGUGGCUUCUGGAAAUGACACUGCUCGUCUCAAGAUGUUGGCAAACGCACGGUCACUCGUCCAUGCCCUGGAAACUCCGCGAGAGACUAUGAUCAAGCAUUGUUGGGCGCAGCCCGCUGCGUUCACUGCACUCACAUACGCCGUGGACUCGGGACUCUUCACCUUGAUGGCUCAGACUCAAGCACCUCAACGAAUAUCCGACCUCGCUUGCAGACUCGGACAUGAUCCAGCUCUACUUGGUAGGAUCAUGCGACAUUUAGGAGCGAUGCAGUACAUCACCGAAACUGGGCCGGAUGAGUACAAACCAACGAACUUCUCCAAUGCAUUGACAAUCAAAAGUAUGGGGGCUGGUUAUCCCUGCGUUGCUGGUGCCUGUAUGGAAGCUCUCGCAAAGUUUCACGAGUUCGCCAAGAAGACCAACUACCGCGAGCCCCACGAUGUUUUCAACAGCCCUCUGCAAUACGGAUAUAACACAAAACUUGACUGCUUCAGCCACUUUGCGGCCAAUCCACCGUACGACAUGCAAUUUGCACAACAUAUGGGCGCAUAUAGACAAGGCAGACCAAGCUGGAUGGACAAAGGAUUCUACCCUGUCGAGGAGCACCUCCUUGAUGGCUACGACCAUGCUAGGGAUGGAGUUCUUCUCGUCGAUGUUGGGGGUAGCUUUGGUCACGACAUUGACGAGUUCCGGAAGAAGUUUCCUAAGGCUCCCGGUAGGCUUGUUGUCCAGGAUCUGCCAAGCGUCAUCGACCAGAUCGAUAAGUUGGACCACAAGAUCGAGAGAAUGGGGCAUGACUUUUUCGAUGAGCAACCAAUCAAGGGCGCACGGGCUUAUUAUAUGCAUUCCGUGCUUCACGACUGGCCAGACGUCAAGUGCGAAGAAAUCUUGGCAAGGACGACGGCUGCUAUGAAACCUGGUUACAGCAGAUUGCUAGUUAACGAAAAUUGCAUUCCGGAUACUGGCGCCGAUUGGCAAAACACCGGGCAAGACAUUAUGAUGCUGACCCUUGUUAGUAGUAAAAAGAGAACUCGUCUUGAGUGGAAAACGUUGUUGGACAAGGCUGGGUUGACUGUGUUGAAGAUCCACGAUGUUGGCAAUGGCGUUGAGAGUCUGAUUGAGUGUGAAUUGGCAUGA